UGUUUCCGGAUACAGUUGGUCAGGCGUUAGGCCUAGGUUAUUGAUCAAAAUUCGAUGGACACUGGCCAGUUUCACAUAAAUCAUGUGAACAUUUCUAUGGAUUUUUGUUUAGGAUAUUGAAUGAGUAACCAUUUGGUGUUGGCGAAACAUGGCAUAUGAUAAAUUGAAAGAAAACUAUGAGAGAGCUCAACGAAUAUACAGAUAUUUCUUCAGUGAAGAGAGAAAUAUCUAUCCAUUUUACAUUCCUGCAUUUAUCUAUAUUUUCUUACUUCUCUUGCAUGCAUUAUGGGAUAACAUUCCAGAUUACUGGAAUAGCGUGUAUACACAGCCUACCUUUCCCGAGGUUCCACCUCCCAUGUUAGAAUACUCAAGUGCUCAAUAUCCUAACGAAAUCACGGUUGUGACAGCUUAUUUUAACCUUGGAGAUUUUCAGAAGGGUCCAAUAAAUAUUUUUACACAAGACAUGUACAAGCAGUGGAUGUCUGCAUAUUCUAAGCUCAACAACAGCGUCAUUGCAUUCACUGAUUCUGAGGACAUAGCCAGACUUUUCAGACAGGAAAGGACUAAACAUUUUGCAGAGACGUUAACCCAAGUCCAUGUUGUCAAACGAGAUGACUUUUGGGCAUUUAAACUCGCUCCUAGAAUCAAAGAUAUAUACUCAGAGCCAGAUUAUCCCAAAUUUCCACCAAAUACUGUGAACGAAUAUUACUCUUGUGCAAUGCAUAUAAAGUAUGAACUUCUAGAAAUUGUGAUUAAGAAAAAGCUCCAUAGGACUAGAUACUUAUCAUGGGUCGAUAUAGGUUACUUUCGGGAGAAAAUGAAUAAGAUUUACAAACUUGAGCCCCCAGAUAAUUUGAAGGAGGGCCAUAUUGCAUAUACCCAGAUUCAUCCAUUUUAUGAGUACAUGCAGCCAGAGGAUAUAAUAAAGAACAAUGCUGUGUGGAUAGCUGGAGGUUUUAUCUUAGGAAAACCAGAAUACCUCAUGAUCAUGAUUGAAGAUUAUCGGAAAGCUGUGGAGGACUUGAUUUCUAAACGUUUGAUGGACACUGAUCAGCAAGUCCUGUAUAUCCUGUAUUCUCAGUACUCCGACGUCAAACCCAGGGUACCAGUUCAAACAAUUUACCACUUGUGUAGGUGUAACUGGUUCUUCCUUGGGGAGCUCUGUCGGGAUACAUAUGAUCGACAAUUUAGACCAUUUUUUCCUUUGUUGAACUUUUUAUCUUACUUAGUGUAAACUUUGCCUGUUUUAUAAAGUUUGCGUCCUCAACAACUAUGGUGCAUAUAAAAGAUUAGACUCUCUUUGGUUUAACUCCAGUGUUUUAAUAUAAAAGAAAAAUAAUUUUAUCAACAAAUAUAAUGAGACUUUUUUUAAAAAAAAAAUGAUUUCAGAAUAUACAGUGAAUCUUGUCUAAUCUUGAUGUUGUGUAUUCCAGAAUCUUGUCUAAUAUGAUAUAAAUUUUAAGUCCCUUGCAGAAAAUUCACUUGUUUUAAAUACUUGUAUUGUCAAAUCCAGAAAGAUGUCAUACCCAGCCAUUUUCUUUGGAACAAGUGGUGUUCAGCAUAGACAAGUUUUACUGUACAUGUAUUACUAUAUACCGGUAUACAAUAUAUACACACAUGACAAACCUGUGUUUUACUGCGUACAGAGCAGACAAGUUCAUGCAUAAUAUGAUUCCAAAAGUCCUUGUACAUCUUGUAAAUGGUAAAUUUACCCUGUGUUUUGUUUUCCAUAGGUUAAACUUUCCUGGGUAGUUGUAUUUAAAAGUGGAUGAAUUAGUCAGAUUAAAAUUUGAAAUUUUUUACAUGUAAAAGUAAUCAUGAAUUGUUGAAGACCUAGUCAAUUUUUUUAAUGAAAUGAUUAGAAAGAGAUGAUUUGGAUUCCUGUACAUAUUUCUUGUUUAUGUUGUUGUGUGCUCAACUUGUUUCAACAUUCCUUUUGUUCCAAUUUAUUUCUUAAUAUUUAUAAAAGUAGUCAGGCAUUGGGUCUUCCCUAUAUUUUAAAUUGGGUAUAAAUAUUGUGAUAUACAUGUACAUGUAUGUAUUUAUAUUGUAAAUUCAUUGCUUCCCAUUGAAAGCAACUAUUUGAUAAUGUCCUAAAAUGUUAAUAGGGUACAUGUACGUAUGAAAUGUGUUUACUUUUACUUAUAUAUGAUCUUGAUCUCAUAUUUUCUGAUAUUUUAAUUUAGCUCACUCUCUCAAACACAUUAAUAGUCCCUCAAUUUUUUUUUUCAAGAUUUGGACAACCAUUUUGAAUUGAAUCACACUUUAUAUAUGUCCCAAUAGGUCUGUUUGCCUUUUCAUUAGCAUUUUUGUGUUUGGAUGAAAACUUUUAAAAUAAUAUGAGGCCCAAGUAAGGCUUAGAAUAUUCCAACCUUGUCAGCUGAUGCAUUUUUGGUAGAAGCAGGUGUGUCAAACUUUAAUAAUAGGUUGCUAUGAUCUUCUGUGAUAAGAUGCUAUGAACAAAUAUGGUGAAACCCAUACCUGAAAAACUAGUAGACUUAGAAUCAUCAAACCUGGUUGUCUUCAAAUUGACCUUGUCCUCUUAUUUUCUUUUGCUGAUGUUUUAAUUAACUUUUUUUUAUCCAAGACAAUAAAAGAUUAUUUUAAAUAACUUAACAGACAUGGAUAGAUGGUGGGGAAAAUUUUUAAAAUUUUAAUCACACCAUUAUUUUACAAGCUAAACUUAUAUGACCUUGACCUUUACCCUCCAUACUUAGUUAAUGUGAAGGUCAUUUAAAUGUAAAAAUUCUUCUGGGGAUUAUUUUGCAAUGUUUAAUAAUCAGUUUCAUCAGAGUAUAGAAGAAAUUUUAACACUCUAACAUUUAGCUUUCCUGUUGAAGCCUGUCUAUAUUAUUUAUAUCGAAAAUAAAUUGCUGUUCCAUAAAACAGGCAUGUUCUGAACAAAACUUUAUUUAGGACUUUUUUUAUAUAUACAUUUUAUGAUUUUCUUGUACAGCACCUGUACAAAGUGUUCAACAUAUCACCAUACCAGUUCUCAAGACUAGUCCCAUUGCAUAAAUAUUUUACUAUUGGACUUGGAUCAUUUUUCCCAAGUUGAAUUUUCUCUUUAAUGGGAAGAUACUAUAGUGUCUGAUGUCAGGAGAAUUCCACAUUCACUCUAUUUUUGCUUUGAUAUAUAGUGACUUUAAUAUUCCCAUGUGCAAUUACAUGUUCCUAUGUCAAAAUUAUUGUUUGUGAAUCAAAUUCCCCUUUUGAAAAAUGAUCUGCAUUCAGCCCUGUAUGUUUUUGACUAUGAAUGUAUUUAAGUCUUGUGUAUAUAAGCAUUAUUUUGUGUUUUUUCUCAAAAUGUUAUUUUAAACACUGUAAUGAAAUAUUAAAUGUUUUAAUGCAUCAUUA